AUGAUAUUAUACGUUCGUGUGUUUCGUUUAAUAACUGAACAUACUGUUGAAGAACGUAUUGUUGAACGUGCUGAAAUGAAAUUACGUCUUGAUCAUGUCGUUAUUCAACAAGGUCGUUUACAAGAAGCAGCAACAAAAUUAGAUAAAGAUGAAAUGUUAUCAAUGAUUCGACAUGGUGCUACACAUGUAUUUUCAUCUAAACAAGGUGAAAAUGAAUUAGAUGUUGAUAUUGAUCUUGUUUUGGCACAAGGUGAACAAAAAACAAAAGAAUUACGAGAAAAAUAUGAAAAUUUGGGUGAAAGUCAAUUAAGAAAAUUUACUAUUGAUAAUGAAAAUUUAAGUGGUCAAAAUGCAAGUGGAUCCGGUGAUGGAACAGAUGCUGGUGGUGGUUCAAUAUAUAAAUUUGAAGGUGAAGAUUAUCGAGAAAAACAAUCAUCAACACUUGGUAUUAAAUGGAUUGAACCACCAAAACGAGAACGUAAAGCAAAUUAUGCAGUUGAUGCAUAUUUUCGUGAAGCAUUACGUAUGAGUGAACCACGUGCACCAAAAGCUCCACGUCCUCCACGUCAACCAAAUGUUCAAGAUUUUCAAUUUUUUCCACCACGUCUUUUUGAAUUACUUGAUCGUGAAAUAUAUGCAUAUAGAAAAUCAAUUGGUUAUAAAGCUGUACGUGAUCCUGAUUUAGAUGAACAAGAAGGUAAACGACAACAACAAGAAGAACAAAAAAAAAUUGAUGAAGCUGAACCAUUAAAUGAAGAUGAACAAUAUGAAAAAGAACAAUUACUUCAACAAGGUUUUUGUAAUUGGACAAAACGAGAUUUUAAUCAAUUUAUUAAAGCAAAUGAAAAAUAUGGUCGAGAUGAUUUAGAUGCUAUUUGUCGUGAUGUUGAAGGAAAAACACCAGAUGAAGUUAUGUCUUAUGCAAGAGUUUUUUGGGAUCGUUGUCAUGAAUUAACUGAUGUUGAACGUAUUAUGGCACAAAUUGAACGUGGUGAAACAAAAAUUCAUCGACGAAUUAGUAUUAAAAAAGCACUUGAUGCUAAAGUAUGUUUCAAUCGAAUUCUGCUUUGCACGUUACCAUAA